AGCGGCACAUCACACGUAUCAACCUCACGCCCCUAACAGCCAUACUGGCUGAUCGUAUAAACACCAAAGACUUGUCCUCCCAAACAAUGGCGCCCAAGAAGCUCGCAGUUACAUCAAAGACCCUGCAAUCCCUUCUCACGCGCAUCGGCUCUGCGUCUUCUGGAACGAAAAACACGCUCUUUGCGCGCUUCCAACGCGAUGUUUUACGUCCAGGAUUUCCUCAUGUUCAACUUGGGCCGGGUAAGCAUCAGCCGGGGGAUCCAGGCCAAAAACUCCGAAUCAUGAGCAUAGACAUGGGAAUAAAAAACCUAGCAUUCUGCGAUGCCGAGAUCUCCCACGCAGCGCUGGGAACUGGCAAGAGGCAGGGCUUUGACACUCAUAUGAACGUUCUACGCUGGAAGAAACUCGAUCUCAUGAACAGCACAUACUCCAAUGGCGGCGGUCCCCCACAAGAACUCCAGGAAGCUGCAGAUGCCUUAGACGCCGAUCUGGACGCAUUCUCCCCCUCGGUCCUCUCCAAAACGGCAUUCCACUUAAUCACCAAGGAGGUCCUCAGCGCCAGCCCGGACAUCAUACUCAUCGAGAAGCAGCGCUGGCGUUCCGGCGGCGGCAGCGCCGUCCAGCAAUGGACCCUGCGCGUCAACACGCUCGAAGCCAUGCUGUGGGCUGUCCUGGAGACGCUGAAGCAGAGCCGCGCACCCCACCGCGACCAAGCCGCCCCGAUCGCCCACCACGCAUACCUCGUCCAUGCCGUCGACCCCAAGCGCGUCGGCCAGUACUGGCUGGGCCAGCAAGCCCGCGCCGUGCUCGCGCACGACGCCGUGCAAGCUCACGACCUCGCCCCAGAUUCAGAUCCAGAUCCAGACCUUCCCCCCGCCACGCCCCCGAAGCAACCAAGCCGCAGCAAAGCCGAAAAGAGCGCAAAAAUCGCAAUCCUCCGCUCCUGGCUCGCCCACGACCCCAUGUCCACGCGCCCCUCCACCCCGCACUCCAUGCCGCGCAUCUCCUUCACCAUCGACGCCGGCGCGGCCUCGACGCUCGCCGCGCUGCUGCCCAAGGGCAAGGCCGUGCGGCGCAAGAAAGCUCCCAAGGGCGCAGAGAGCGCCGGUGACGUGCCUUCGGCGGCGGAGAUCACGAAGCUGGAUGAUGUUACGGACUGCUUUUUGCAGGCGGCGGCGUGGGUGGCGUGGGAGGCGAAUCGGCGGCAGUUGCUGGCUGUGAGUGGGGAGGAGGGCGCGGGGGCGGGGGUGGGCGAGGAGGCAAUUCUGAGCAUGGUGGAGUGGUGCGGGGAGUGAGGCGUGGAGACGCUAGAGCGAGGCGCGAUGGGCUUUAUUGCGAUGUGGACAGAGUCUUGGUAGAGCUUCAGCUUGGAGAUGUUGACCGCGUGUCACUGGCAAGAGAGGCAUGCAUCUGGAACACCGCACGACAUCGAUUCCUGAGCCGAGCUGCGGCUGCGUAUUACGACUACUCUACUGCCCCGGAUCAUCCACGUCUUCGCAUUACAGGACGUGGCCUUCUAGACCGGUGUA